CCUGAGUUGCUCACGAUCGAUUACUUUCAUCAUGCACCCGUUGAAGUUGAUCUAGCAGCGUCUUCAUAUUGGCAGCAUGGACGAUCACUUCAUUUCUCUCGAUGGUGCACAACUCUACCUCAAAAAUCCAUCUUCACGCGACCUUUCGGUCUUCUUAGCAAUCAUUUCCGCAUUAUUCGUCCUAUUAUCUCCCGUCCGUAUCUGGAAAUUGCGCAGCGAGUCUCUCAAAGUGGUCCGCAAGCGCCAGAACCUCUCAAAGCUGACUUUGAGCUUCGUAUAUAUCGUUUUGAAGCUUGUCCUAUUACUUUCCACGAUUCUCGCACCUGAAGCAUCUUCCCGAGUAUACUUGGAAAAUGCAUGCAUCUCCUUCGCUGCUGCAUGCAUGCUGGUUCUCCUGUCAUUCCUUGAGCAUGUCCGUUCGAUACGCCCUUCAUCGCUGAUACUACGGUUCCUCGCGAUCUCGGUGGUUGCGCAUGCCAUUCAACUUUGGCUGUUUGGCUACCAACAGCCAAAUCCAGGCAAUCUUGGACCUCAGCUCACCCAGAUAUGUGUGGAACUCGCUCUUCUGGUCAGUGAGUCCAGAUCGAAGAAAUCUAUCCUGAAGCCGCAGUACCAAGAUCUAUCGCCUGAAAAACUGUCGAGUAUAUUCGGCAGGAUUUUUUUUGGGUGGAUCAAUGCCGUAAUGGUGAAAGGUCAUGGAAAGAUUCUCACCCAGACGGACCUUUCAGACGUUGAUAGGAAGUUGUCUUCGAAUUCUUUGCGAAGAAAUAUAUUGCUGUCAUGGGACCAGAGAGCCAAGCCUGAAGAUAUCAGAACGCUGCCGCUGGUUUUACUCAAAUGCUUGUCGAAAUCUUUCACGGCUGCCAUUCUACCCCGUAUCUGUCUCAUUAUCUUUCGUUAUUCACAAACAGUGUUAAUCAGCCUCACCAUUCGAUUUGUCAAGAACCCUCGGACAGAUCGAGACAGUGGCUUCAGGCUUGUGCUUGUUGCUUUGUUCGUUUAUGUUGGCCUCGCGAUCUCCACUGCGGUAUAUAAACACUGUUUGAAUAGAUUGAAAGUCAUUAUCAGAGGCUCUCGCGUAGCCUUGAUAUAUCAUCGAGCACUUGAAGGCGAAAGCGGCAAACACGAAGACGGGAACGUUGUGACCUUGCUGAACUCGGACGUAGAAAGCAUCGAUACAGUUGGAGAGAUGUUUCAUGAGACUUGGGCGCAGCUACUUGAAGUAGUGGUUGGGACUGCGCUGCUAACCAGGCAAAUUGGCUGGCUCUCUCCCGUGCCGCUAGUCCUCGUAUUCUUCUGUUCCAGAAUGAGCAAGUAUGUCGCGAAAUAUCUUCGUAGCAGACAGAAGGCUUGGAAUGUUGCCAUUCAGAAACGCUUAGCAAUGAUAACCGCAAUGUUGGGAUCUGUAAACCUCACACUCAGCGGCCAGAGGAAACUCAGGGGCUGAAUUGUAUGGUAUUGGUACGUCUAAAGAGAGAAAGGAGAAAGAGAGCGUAGGGCUCUCCCAAUGUAGGUAACUAAGCUAGUGCAAGCACGUGACCCACAACAGGAUCUGCCAAAAGUAUGAAGAUGCUUGGACUCGCAGAAGAGAUCAAGUCGAAAAUUACUGCUCUCCGGAUAGAAGAGAUCCAAACAGCGAAGAAGCUUAGGUGGAUGAUGGUUGCUUACAAUGCUAGUGGUAAGUGAACUCUCCAAUGACUAAUCUAUGAACGUCGGAGACUCCCAAUUUUGGACUCCAGAAUAAGAACACCCACAUCUAAUGAUUAAAUUUUCUUUCCUCCGGUCAAUUGUUUUUUAGGAAGCUUUAGAUAAAACUCCAUUACCUCAAACUCUCCAAGCCUAGCCCUUCUGUCCUUUCUUCUUCUUCUGCUUACCAGAGACACUCUCACUCGCAUUCUUCUCUUUCUCUUUUGACUGGCCAAGACCGGUCCUCCUCAACCUGCUCAAGAACUUCUCAUUCUUCAAAUCUUCUUUCGUAAUGCCAAAGACUGCUUGAUAAAUUGGGCCCAUGUCAUGGGGUCCACAUGGUCGAGCAUCACCACUUGCUCUGCGCUUUUUAAAGAAAUUUUGGAGAUAGGAUUUGAUAGCGGCUUCGAUGGUCAUUGUCUCGGGUGUUGGUACUUCUUUGCUGCUUUCAUCGACUUCGUUGGGAUUAUCUAUACAGAGAGACUCGAAUUCUGGGAUCUCGUUCAGCGAUGAGGGCGAAACCAGUGUAGCUUUAAUCAUCAUGGCUUCCUCGGGUGAGAAGUAAGGGCCGCUAAUGUAUAGCUCAUCAGUUGUGGCUAAAGUACGUGCUUCACUGGCUCGGUCACUGGCGAUGUUACAGAGAUCAUAGAGUAGGAUGUGAAUCUGCUACUAUUAGCAUAUAUGUUAAUAGGAUGAGAGGCGUGCUUACCUUGUACCAGAUCUCCGAGUUUGAUUGGAGGCUUAACAGAGUUGAUGUUGAGGUACUAGAUUGCUUCUUUCUCGUAGUAGCAGGUACCUUCGAUUUGGUCAUCUUGAUUAUCUUGUUUUAAGUAAGGAUUUAGGUAAGGGAAUGUUGAAGCGCAGCUUUUGAGAUGAUGGAAGAUAAACGAGGUGGCGAGGUGGCGAGGUGGUAGAGAGUUGUGGUAAGUGUAUUUGGCGUAAGAAAGGUGGUCCUAGGGGGUAACAAGUAGGUGUGUGUAAGAGUUGUCGUUCUGUUCGUAGGGGCUCCCGAGUCGAAGGGUUGGUAGUGAAAAUGUAGGAUG